AUGGCCCAUCGCCUGAAUCAAAUCGCCAGUCAAAUCCACGGCUCAGCCACAGACAAUGCAAAACUGCUCCAUGAGCAGGUGAUUAUUGUCACCGGUGCUGCGUCAGGCAUUGGGAAAGCCACGGCUGAGUUGCUUGCCCAAUAUGGCGCCAGCAUCGUCGCUUGCGAUCUGGAUCCCAAGAAACUGGAGGGCCUUGCGACUGAUCUCGCCACGAUGACACCUCGGCCACAGGUCUUGACCUUCGUGGGCAAUCUUAUGGAAGCCGGGGUUCCGGAAAGACUGGUGAAGGAGGCCCUUUCGAAGUUUGGAAAAGUUGAUGGCCUGAUCAACACGGCUGGUAGGACUGUUCCACUGGAACACUUUUGGAAUUUGAGUACUGAGAUGUAUACCCUAGGUUUUCUUUAUGACAGUGCCAUCCACAAGAUGACCGACAAACAAUUCGACAUGGUGCUUGACAUUCAUCUCCGGGUCCCGUUUCAGCUCGUGCGCGCUCUCAGUCACCACUUUAUGGACCCGCAGCAUCGUGAGAGGUGCAAGACGAUUAUCAACUACGCCAGCGCGAAAGCCGGGGUCAUUGGGUUCACAAAGGCCAUUGCUUUGGAAUGGGCGAGAUAUAACGUCCGUUGCAACGCUGCAGCAUUUGGCUGGUUGGAGACAGCCAUGACCCAGGCAAAAGAAAACGGCCAGUCACUUCAAGUGGGCGCGGAAAAAAUCCCCUUGGGCGUUAGCUUGUCUGCGCACAAAUUUCGAGAUGUCAACGAGAUUCCCCUCAGGCGCCCUGGCACAGCAGACGAAGCAGCAUGUACCAUCCUGUACCUUGCUAGCCCGCUCUCGUCCUAUAUGACUGGUCAGGUGGUUGAAAUCAAUGGUGGACGUUUCACGUAG